AUGGUGGCUCAGGGCCCAGAAGCUUCCAGAGAGAUCCUGAGCCACAUCCACACGUACAAGGCUCUGUCUGCUCUGGCGAAGAGGAGGGACAAGCAGGGGAAACCAGACGUGCGCAUGGCCUUUAUCCAGUUUGUUCUGUCCUUUUUGGUCUCCGGGGACAACGCCACCAUUGGACAGAUCCUGGACAUAAAAGAGUUUCUGCCUGAGAUCCUGGGCACGGGUUUGAAAGAGGAUCGUCUUUCUGUGGUUAAUCUGCUCCUGACCACAAUGAAGAGCAGAGUGGUCCUAAACAAAGGCAUCAGUAAAACACAGAAGGUGCGUUUCUUCACUGCUGCAGUUUUGUCAAACUUGGCGUCUCUUUACAAAUGGAACGGGAUCGAGGACGCCGCCGACUCUAUGGUGGAGUCUCAGCUCAGUGGGGUCUCUCUGGUCCGGGCUCAGAUCCACAGUUUCCUUCUGGACCUUUGCUGUUCUCGUAAACACGGCAUCAGUUUCCACGACCCCAGCUUUGGGACCGCAGGAAGAGCUGGGAACCUGGUCCUGCUGCAGUUCCUGGUGUCUCUGAAGGCCCCUGAGGACCCUCUGGUGUCAGAACUGGUGGUGGAGGUCCUGAGGUCCAGCCCUGACCUCCUCCACCGAUACUUCAGAGAAACACAACACUCCUACAGCCCCCGCCACAAGGGGGCGUGGCAGAGCAGCGUCAGCCUCAUGAAGAAGAUCUAUGAAGCUCAGCCUGAUGUGUCCAGUGUGUUCCACAGUCAGGACAGCGCCCCCUGCAGUCGACUGCUGAGUAUGAUCCAUGUGCUGUCUCUGCCCCCUGUGUGCACCAAGGCCUUCUUCACCCAGGGCCUCAGUCUGCCUUCCCCUGUGGCACAGCUCACCACCUUCUCUGUGCUGCACUUCAUCCUGGAGCGAGCCCUGGUGAACCUGCUGUACCUGAGGGAGAGAGAGGAGAGGUCUGAGGAGCUCGAGGGGUCUGAGGGGCCCGAGGGGUCUGAGGGACCUGAGGGGCCUGGCCUGCACCAGCUGUACCAGGAGAGCCUCAGCAAAAUCCUGCCCGACAUGACCACCAUCGUGGGGAAGUGGCAGGCGCUCAGCAAGAAGGAGAAAACCGAGACCGAGGCUAAAGCAGAGACCCAGGCUAAAGCAGAGACCCAGGCUAAAGCAGAGACCCAGGCUAAAGCAGAGACCCAGGCUAAAGCAGAGACCCAGGCUAAAGCAGAGACCCAGGCUAAAGCAGAGAGUGAUGGAGACGAGGAAGGACAAGCUCCUGAGGCCGCGGAGGUGGUUCUGCUCAAAGCCCGCAUCCUUCAGGUCAUGUGUCUGUACCAGAAGGUGGCGCCACACCUGGUGGGGCAGUGCAAGUUCGACUUCAGCAAACUGCUCAAAGGGAUCCUGUCAGAGAAGGGCACCAGUGUCCCUCCGCUGCUGCAGUACCACAUCCUGCAGGUGGCGCUAGAGCUGCCCUCGAGCAAGUUCUCCUGGUUCCGCACACAGGAGUCUGCAGACGCUGAGUCCUCGUCUGAGAAGUCGGUUCUGAACCAGAUUCUGAGCCUGUUUGUGAGCAGCAGCAGCAGUCACCUGAAGACCUGCACCAGGCAGCUGCUCCUGAAGGUCCUCAGAGACAGCGGCGUGUUCGAACACACCUGGACCGAGCUGGACCUAUGGCUGGACCAGCUCUCUGCUGUGAAGUCGGGCCAGCGAGACACUGUCGUCCAUUUUGUUGAAAAAGUGCUGCUGAAGCUGGUCUCCUGCUCACACGUUUACACAGAUAAAGUGGCCUGUCAUGUCCAGGAGGGGGCGCUCCUCCAGGCCAACCUGAGCGGGCAGGACGAGGCCGUCAGUGUCCCAGUCUCACACAUCGAUGACGUCCUGGACAUGCUGGAUGUGAUCAUGGAGAGCAGUGAUGGGGACAUGGAGGAGUUUGGACCUGCUCUGAGUGAAGAGAUCGUACUACAGACCUUCCCCUUCAGCGCCUUGGUCCCUGCAGCACUGGAGGCUCGCAACAAACUCCCCCCCGGGAAAGACGAGGUGUUUGAGUUCCUGAGCGCGGUCCUGACUCGAGUCCUGCACUGUCAGAGAGAUCCACUGCCCCUGUGUCUGUGCCUGCUGCAGUCUGACCGGGACCUGCUGACCUCCCUGUCCUCCUCCCAGACCCCCCCUCAGACCCCCCCUCAGACCUCCCUGUCCUCCCCUCACUCCUCUGUGAUCCACCUGCACAGCUACUACUCCAAAUGGCUCCCAGAGGAAAGUGACAAACACCUGUUCAAAGGUGUGGAAGUGACAGAUGUGGAGGCUCCUGCUACAUUCAGUGCUGGGCUCAGAGCGGCCUUCAUCCAGGGUCCUGCUGUGCUGGGGACACGGGGCCUAGUGGACUCUCUCGGCCCCUCACUGCAGCACAUGGACCAGACCCAGGGUCCUGUGGCCGUGAGACAGACCCUGCUCUACCUCAGGACCACAGCAGAGGACUUCAGCUCGUUCUCCCAAGACCAGGGAAACAUGGUCAUGACAAACCUCCUGAGGAUACUGCAGCUGCUGGUGCUCAGAGUGCUGCACCGUGACUGUCCACCAGGGGCAGCAGAGGGCCACCCAGGAGAGAGUCACCCAGCAGAGGGCCACCCAGGAGAGAGUCACCCAGCAGAGGGCCACCCAGGAGAGAGUCACCCAGCAGAGGGCCACCCAGGAGAGAGUCACCCAGCAGAGGGCCACCCAGGAGAGAGUCACCCAGCAGAGGGCCACCCAGGAGAGAGUCACCCAGCAGAGGGCCACCCAGGAGAGAGUCACCCAGCAGAGGGCCACCCAGCAGAGGGCCACCCAGGAGAGAGUCACCCAGCAGAGGGGGCAGAGGAGGCGUAUCACCAGGAAGCAGCCAAAGAGCAGAUGGUCAUCUCCAGCCUGUCCUCCAUCUUGAAGGACCCGUGCUUGCAGCAGUGGUUUCUGGCUGUCGAUGGAGGAGUGUCACUUCCUCCUCACAGCCUCAAACCUGUGCAGGUAAAACAGCUGUGCUCCCUCCUCACCCGACACACCCUCGACCUGCUGCGCCUUGUCUCUCCUACAAUCAUCAGACUGCACCGCCAGGACCUACUGCAGCCCUACACCCGCGCCCUGGUCACCGCGGUCCUCAAGGAGCUCAGGGAGAAGAGCAUUCAGCGAGCCAACACCCAGUCCCAGGCCAUGCAGGCUCUGAGCUCUCUGUGUUUGUACAUGGACGACUCCCACAUCCAGGACGUGACCUCCGCUCUGCUCUCACUGCCUCCUCACUUCCUCAUCAGCGGAGACCAACUCAGCGUCUACGGUCACGCCGCGCUGUCCGUCCUCACGUACCGCGCUGGCUCCGUGUGUCUGUCCCAGUCCCACCUCAGCGGCCUGGGCACCCUGCUCCUGUCCUGCUCCAGUCCGGCGUUGGAGGCCCUGUUCCUGCAGCUGCUGUCCCAGGAGCCGGGCAGUGCAAAGCUGGUCCACCCCCAGGUUCUGCUGCACUGUCUGGGCCAGAGGGGAGGGGACGGCGGCAGGAUCGCGGCGCUGCUGCUCCAGAACGCAGCCACGCACCGACUCUGCUUCGACCGGUGGUGCCUGGAGGCGGGGAGCGUGGAGAGGCUGGUGGAGGAGAUGGAGGAGUUUCAUCCUGUCAUUGACGUCUACCUCCAGCUCGCAGAGAGAGAGGACCCGGCCCGGCCCCGAGAGGUGCAAGAACAAGUCCUGAAGACGUUGAAGCGCCCCCUGCUGGCCAGACUGUCCCAGCUCGUACUGGAGAAGCUCCCUGAUAACCCCACUGUGGACUACGUGGAGACAUUAGACCGAUGUCUCAAUCUCUGCUCCAAGACCAAGGACAUGAAAGACCUGAGCUCCAAACUGCCUGCUGCCCUCCAGAGCGCAGACUCCAUGGACAGGUGGCGUCUGGUCACUGUGAUGACGCAGAAACUGUCCCAGAGCCCGGAGGAGAGUGAGCGCUGGCGGCGGGCUGUGCUCUCUGCUGCCCUCGUGUGUCUGAGAGCGUCCUACAUCCAGGUGAAGGAGCCCGACGCCACCCGCUCACAGCAGGAGCAGAGAGUCCUGGACACGCUGCACACUCUGAUGACGAGCGGCAGCGACACCUCUGCCUCGGAGUGGAACAGCUUUGUCAAAACUGGACUCAAGAGUCGGUUCAAGCAUGCAGCCUUCCUCCGCUCGCUCUGCGGCCUGGUGGAGGUGGUCUACAGGGCGGGGGAGACGGGGGAGACGGGGGAGGCCCACCCAGACCUGCUGCCCUUACCCACCCUCCACAUGAUGAGCAGCAGCCACUCCAUGUUCCUGCCCUGUAUGUUGGAGAGCCCCGAGGAGCCGGCAGCAGCUGAGGCCAAAGAAGCCCUGGUGGGCCUCCUGCUGUGCCUGGUUCGCAGAUGUCCCUCUGUGUGUAACAUGAAUCACUUUGUGGUUCUCCUGGGAGCAUACGGAGCCUCCCUCAGUACCGUGGACCAGAAGCUGCUGCUGCUCCUACAUGAGUAUGAGAAGAACGGAGUGAGCCUCCUGAGUUUCCAGUCGCUGGUUUGGGGACCAGCAGCGGUGGAGAACCAUAAAGCAAAGAAGUCUCUGGGUUCGUCGCUGUGGAAACAGAGCAGCACCGAGGACCUGCUGAGUCUGCUGCAGCCGGACCGGACUACACACAGCACCACACACUACCCUCAGAGACGCACACUCUUACCACAGGACAAGCUCUCCCAGCUCAACGUGCCCGAAGGUUAG